AUGUUGGACUUACUCUCCAAAGAUCGAAUAGUCAACGAGGCAGGCCUCAGAGCCGCCUUGCAUCAUCUGGACGCAAUUUCAACUUCAGGAGCAACCGUAUUACAAGCCACGGUUGAACAUAUGUUGUUAUCACCCCAUAUCUUUGCAUAUAUUAUUUCUGUUUGGUAUCGCCGCGAGGCAAUAAUCUCACAGAUCAUGACAAACUUUCCAACGAAAUCUCAAGAAUAUCCAGCAUCCAUUGCGAGAAAAAUGCUAGACAAUCUGUCUAUGUACUUUUUGGCUUUUCCAGCUGAGUCUCUAGCGAUGGAUGUCUCAAAGGACAUCGGUCGUCACAGUGGCUUCAUCGAGGGCGCUUUACCUGUACUUUGCGCGCUGAACAAUAUGAAAAUUUCUGGUACAGAGUCUGAUAAUGGAUUCGUCAAGAAGAAGGUACCUCAGAAAAUGUACAAGUGCAAUCGCCUGAAAGGCCAUACGGCCAUCGACACAUCGCUCUUCGUGAGGCUUGGUGUGGUUGUGCCUCUCACGAGUGAGGCUGCUGCAUCAUUGUCUACUCACAUUCUUGCAGAGCUGAAAAAUGCUCUCUCGUUCUACCUCUCGCUUCUCCGGAGGACGGAAUUGGCAGGCGACAUCAAAGCCUUACUCCUCCAAAAUGCUGGGAAGUCUGCCGAAGAUGUUGCACCUGAAGUUUCGUCAACCGAGGAUGUCGAGAGCCGAACAAACCGACCUAGUGCGUGCGAAAUGGUGCAGUCUAUGAAGGCUGCGCUUUACUUCGACAACGCGGAUGGGUUCGGAGAGUGGCGAAUCCUCAUAUCUACGGAGGUCUUUAAAAAAUUGCAUGAAUUUCAUAGAGCAGAUCAGAAGACAUUCAAGAUCGUCUUCAAGAAGAUCAAACAACUAUCGAAUGGCCAUUUCUCAGAUGAUAAUCACAAGUGA